GCGGCCGCGCUAGGCGCCCGCCGCGGCCGCCACGAGCAGCAGCAGCCGCAGCAGCAGCAGCAGCAGCAGGAGAAGGAGGAGGAGGAGGAGGAGGAGGAAGGCUGCGCGGGCCGACGAUGGAGCAGCUGCCGCGGCCCGGCGGGGACAUCCUGAGGCGCAACCCGCAGCAGGACUACGAGCUGGUCCAGCGCGUGGGCAGCGGCACCUACGGCGACGUCUACAAGGCUAGAAAUCUUCAUACAGGAGAACUGGCUGCUGUAAAAAUAAUCAAGUUAGAGCCUGGAGAUGACUUUUCCUUGAUACAGCAAGAAAUAUAUAUGGUUAAAGAAUGCAAGCAUUGCAACAUUGUAGCCUAUUUUGGGAGCUAUCUCAGCCGUGAAAAGCUGUGGAUAUGUAUGGAGUACUGCGGCGGCGGAUCCCUUCAAGAUAUUUACCAUGUAACAGGACCUCUGUCGGAGUUACAAAUUGCUUAUGUAUGCAGAGAAACUUUACAGGGUCUUGCUUAUUUGCAUAUGAAGGGCAAAAUGCAUAGAGAUAUAAAGGGUGCAAAUAUUCUACUAACAGACCAUGGAGAUGUCAAAUUAGCGGAUUUUGGUGUAGCAGCAAAAAUAACAGCCACCAUUGCGAAGAGAAAAUCAUUUAUUGGUACCCCUUACUGGAUGGCCCCAGAAGUCGCCGCGGUGGAAAAGAACGGUGGAUAUAACCAGCUCUGCGAUAUCUGGGCGGUUGGCAUCACCGCGAUCGAACUCGCAGAACUCCAGCCACCGAUGUUUGAUCUUCACCCAAUGAGGGCAUUGUUUUUAAUGUCAAAAAGUAAUUUUCAGCCACCAAAGCUAAAGGAAAAAGCAAAAUGGUCAUCAAUAUUCCAUAAUUUUGUCAAAAUAGCGCUUACAAAAAAUCCAAAGAAAAGGCCAACAGCAGAAAGACUCCUUUCUCAUAGUUUUGUGGGACAGCCUGGUCUGUCAAGAUCUUUAGCAGUUGAGCUGUUGGAUAAAGUUAAUAAUCCUGACAACCAUGUACACUACAGUGAAGCAGAUGAUGAUGAUUUUGAGCCGCACUCCGUUAUUCGCCAUACAAUUCGUUCUACAAACAGGAAUGUUAGGGCAGAAAGAACAGCGUCGGAGAUAAACUUUGAUAAGCUACAGUUUGAGCCUCCUCUACGGAAAGAAACAGAAGCUCGAGAUGAAUUGGGUGUAGCAGCCGGCAUUGACUUUGCUUCACAUUGGAAUCCUUUUGUUGAUGGUGGAAGCAGCAGGGGACUCCUUACAAAGUUUGGCGACGGGAGUGAAGAUGUUGAAGAAUCAACCCUAAAGCGAGCAGGGCCACCUCCACUACCUCCUAAGCCAAGAAUAAACAGUUACCCCGAGGAAAACCUGCCAGAUGAUGAGAAGUCUCAGACAAUAAAGCAUUUUCCUGACUCACAAAACAGAGCCCCGCCAGCUCACAGGAGACAGAGUAUUCCUGUUUGUGGGCCUCAGGCUGAUUCUUCCCCCAUCGGUAUGACCAGCAGCAUCAGUAGCCCUGGAUUGCUUACAGCUAGAUACAGCGACCUGGGAAAUGGAGAUGGCAUGCUGAAACUCAUUGAAGAAAAUGUUGAAGGGUCCGGACAAAUCCCUCAGCUGCCACGUAAAAAAGAGAAAAAAGAUUUUCCUAAGCCAGCAAUCAAUGGUUUACCACCAACACCGAAGGUGCUGAUGGGAGCAUGUUUUUCCAAAGUCUUUGAUGGUUGCCCUUUGAAGAUUAAUUGUGCAACAUCAUGGAUACAUCCAGAUACUAAAGAUCAGUACAUUAUCUUUGGAACUGAAGAAGGCAUCUAUACUUUGAAUUUGAACGAACUUCAUGAAGCAACGAUGGAACAGCUGUUUCCUCGAAAGUGCACCUGGUUAUAUGUUAUCAAUAACACCUUAAUGUCAUUGUCAGGGAAAACGUUCCAGCUCUACUCCCAUAAUUUAAUAGCUUUGUUUGAACAAGCCAAAAAAACAGGAUUAGCUGCUCAUAUUCAAACUCAUAGGUUUCCUGACAAAAUCUUACCAAGGAAGUUUGCCUUAACAACGAAGAUUCCUGAUACAAAAGGAUGCCACAAAUGCUGUAUAGUAAGAAAUCCAUACACAGGACAUAAGUAUCUGUGUGGGGCACUGCAAUCUGGAAUUGUUCUUCUACAGUGGUAUGAGCCAAUGCAGAAAUUCAUGUUAAUAAAGCACUUUGAUUUUCCUUUGCCAAGUCCUUUGAAUGUUUUUGAAAUGCUAGUGAUACCAGAGCAGGAGUACCCGAUGGUCUGUGUAGCUAUCAGUAAGGGUACGGAACCAAAUCAAGUAGUUCAGUUUGAGACAAUCAACUUGAACUCUGCAUCUUCGUGGUUUACAGAAAUUGGUGCAGGCAAUCAGCAGUUAGAUGCCAUUCAUGUAACACAGCUGGAAAGAGACACCGUAUUAGUCUGUCUGGACAAAUUUGUGAAAAUUGUGAAUUUACAAGGGAAGCUGAAGUCAAGCAAGAAGUUGGCCUCUGAGCUGAGCUUUGAUUUCUGCAUUGAAUCAGUGGUGUGCCUUCAAGACAGUGUGCUGGCCUUCUGGAAGCACGGCAUGCAGGGCAAAAGCUUUAAGUCAGAUGAAGUUACCCAGGAGAUAUCAGAUGAAACCAGGGUUUUCCGCUUACUGGGAUCAGAUAGGGUGGUAGUGUUAGAAAGCAGGCCGACAGAAAACCCGACUGCACACAGCAAUCUCUACAUCCUGGCUGGACAUGAAAAUAGUUACUAAGCAACAGUAACCCAACGCAAAUAACAGAAUGAAUUCACCACAUCAGGAAAAAAGAAGCAUUAGAAAACUUUAUACAAGCUGGACUAUGACUUCCUGUUUCUUUCUCUCUCUCUCUCUCUCUCUCUCUCUCUCUCUUUUUUUUUUUUUUUUUUUUGGACACCUAAAGGAUCUUGUUCUAGGUAGAAUUCAGUACAUUUUUGCAGCUGGGAACAGCUGGUUCUGUCUCUUGCCACUGUGUGGUUGGUUAUAUCAAGUUUGCUUAAUAAAAGCUAUGAGAUAAAUAGUCCUUUACUCAUUAGUCAUAGGGAAACAGAGCCUUUAAAAUAACGUUAUGCUGUAAAGGUGCCAUAAACUGUUAAAUAUUUUACUUCCCUUGGCUUUUCCUUGUAUUCUGUAGAUAUAGAGUGCUGGCUGUUUCCCUGUUUUAUACUGAGUCUUAUUCUUUAAAACAAAAAUGAUUUGUGUAGGAAGUGAAAGUAUCUGCAAAGCUUUUUGGUUUUAAAUCUGCCAUUCAGUAUGGCUUUGUAUAAUAGACUAUUUAAUCCUUAUUUAUUAAUCUGCUGCUAGAAUGGUGUAAUGUAUCUAACUUUUAGCAAAGGAAGGUUGCAGAGCAGCUUACAAUUUUUUUUUUUUUUUUUUUUUACAAUUGUAUAAAGAUUUGAUUAUUCUUUUUUUCUUGUAGAGAUGUAGUGCAUUCUUGAGGGGUAUGCUACAAUGUUGGUUGAUCUUGUAAAAAUGCAGUUUUGUACAACAAAGUAUUUUGUAUUGAUUUUGCCUGCAGAAUUGCCAUAAAAGGGAUUUUCUUAUUUACUAGAUGUAGGGUGUGUGUACACAAAAUAUAAUAUUGAUAUCAAACAUGUUGCUAAUGGAUGAGUGUGUACAAUAUACGUGUGUGUGUGUUUGUGUGCAUGUGUGGUAAGUUGACCGGCAGUGUGUAUUUUUUUUUAUAUAUAUAUUUAUAUAUAUAUAAAAAUGUACAAAAUAUAUAUGCUUUAUUUUCAUAAAUUAGGGAUAAGCCUUGUGACAUGAAAUGGAAAUACACACAGAUUGUACCUGGUCAUCCUUAAUGAAUGAAAGUAUCAUGUAUCAAACUGCCCAUGACGUAUAGUUUAUUUAUACUAUUCCAGAGGGGAGCCUAUAGGAUAACUGAGCUUUCUAGCUUUUUGUUUAUACAGUUAUCCAGCUGUUGUCAGUCAGACUGUUAUUUGUGGAUAGGUAUUUCCCCAACCGUGUAGUAUAAAUAAAUAUGAUAAGAACCUAGUAUUCUAUAAUAAAGCUUUAGAUCACUUCUUCCCUUUCCCUAUCUUUGGUUUGUCAUCUGCAUUUUUCUUUCUCUUUUAUCUCUCCAUUAAAGAGUCACAUUGGUCUCUUGUCUUCCUCAUUAAUUAAAAUUCUUGAGGUACCAUUAAAUAUGAAUAUAGUCUGACUACAGGAUAGGGUAUGGUUUUACUACCUCACACUAACCUGCAAGCUUUGAUGCAAGUAAACCCAGUCUAUAGGCGGAUACAGUAGCAGUUCAUUAACAUUCGAAUGGAGGCUUUUUUAAAUGAAAUCCUACUGUGUACUGCCAUCCGAUUCAAUUUCUGUGAUCUGCUACCCUAAGAAAAACAGGUUAGAAGCUUCACAAGUCAUUUUAAUAAAGCAGUAAAGGUAAGUGUGUUAGAAUGGCUUGCCCCGACUUGAGGCUCUGCUGACACAGUUAGCAGAAUCUGAGUGGUCUGAUCUUAGCUUUGCAAUGUGAAGAAUGGAGAGCUGGGUUGUCUGCUUAGGCAUCAGACUACUUGAUUCAUAAUUUAACAUUGAUGGAAUUAACUCAGCACACAUGAUGAAUCAGUAAUGUCGUUUUGUUACUAGGUACAGCUGGAGUUUUAUGUUGUUCUGAAGGUCUGGAAGGAAAACAAGACCUGCACACAAUUUAGCAUUUUGUCCACUUAGCACUGUCAUUCAGAACUAAUUUUUGUUUUAAAGAAUUUGAGGGAAAGGAGUCUGUUGUAGGAGGAAGUCCAUUAUUUCAGCUUCUAAAUCUGACUUCUUUCUUGAAGUAAUUCUCAAGUUGUUCCAUAACUGGAUAGCAAAAGACUGUGGCUGUUUAGUUUGAGUCCAUCCUUUAUAGUGAGUGAGGCUAUCAGGAAAAAAAAAAAUGUUUGCAUGCAUUUUUCAGCUACGUGUUUGAUAAAGAACAAUUUUGGCUAAGAGAUUUCUGAUUUGAUUUUUCUUUGUUAUGGAAAUAUUUUAACGGGUGCUGUUAUCGAAGAGUCUUUUAUUACCCAUGCGUGAUUUUGGCUAGAGUAAGUGGCUUCACUUGAGGUUAGCAUUACAUGGCAUUUAACUGUUCCCUAGUACUGAAAUUACUUCUGCCAUAGGCAACGGUGAUUAGUGACUAACCGUAAAAAGGUAUAACACCUACACUACCAUGACUUUAAAACAAAAAUGAAGACAAAAGUAAAGCAUGAUGUUGAGGUUCUAGAGCAAACAUUUUCACAUAAUUUACCUCAUUCACUGCAGAAGGAAAUUUUGGCUUCAUCUUUGAAAACACAGUGCCUAAAAGACUAGAGAAAUCUGUAAAUAAAAUAUGAGUAUUUAUGGGGAAUAACUGGAGUAAAUAACUAUUAGGUCAUUACACUGUCAUGGAACAAAUAAGUAUUUUUCUUUGAAUGACAUGAAUGACUGGGGGUUUGCUGAAUCAUAAAAAUGAAUCUGGGAAAGUCCUCAUUUAAUCAAACCUCCUUUUUUAACUGUUAAAGCAUUUCUAGUGUUAUGUUCUGAAAUGCUUUGUCCAGUCUGGCUUAAUAGACUAAUGCGAUUUCUGACACGAUCUGCAGGAUACUAUUUCCUAGUGUAAAACUUCGCCUUCCUCUCUUAGUGGAGCAUGGCAUAACUGAUUUGCAUGUUUCAUAGCUAAACCAGCCAGUCUCAGUGGGUGACUCUGACUAGUAUGUUUUGUAUCUCUUAGACUGUUUAAGUUAGUUUGGUAUUGUCUGUAUCUUUGUAUGUGUUUGUGACAUUUCAGCCAGGGUUGAGAAAAGCGUGGAGUGCGAUUUUAAUAAAGCAAAGACUUGUUCACUCUCUCCUUACUCUUUUGGCAGAUACCAGAGUAUUAGUUGUUUGAUACACAAGGUUCAUAGAUUGAACUUGAAAGCCUUAAAAGAGGCUCCCGUGUUCUUUGAAGUGUGAGCAGUAUUUGAAGAGCAGCCUGUAGAUUAGUCUCUUGAUUUCCUAACCAAAUUCAUUGUAACUGAGAAAUACAACUGUAAUUGUGGUGACAACUGAUUAAAAGAUGAAAGGUACAACGCAUCAGUGAGCUGCUGUCUCAGGGUGGGGAGGGAGGAGUAAAAACUGGGAGACUUUCUGAAAUGUACUUUUUACCUUGCUUAGUCAUUCAAUUGUAACUGAGAUUCUUAACUGCACUUGUUCCAGUUUGUGCAACUAGGCUUUGUUCUACUUAAAUUUCUGUUGUGGUUCAUUUCAGCCUAUGCCAAAUAAACUAUGCUUUAUUUGAUACCUA